AUGUACAAAUUAAUAGGAUGUUCAAGACUCAAGUUGUGUAAAAGCAAAAGCUUUCGUAUAUUCAAUCUUUAUUUAAUUUGUUAUAAACCAGUUCUUAAUAGCAUAUUAAUUUCUUCCUGUUCGAGCACACGACUAAGAAUGGCGUCAGCAAAGGCUAACAGAAAGGCAGCGACUGUGGCAGUGGAAUUGCCAGAAUGCCCCGUCUGUAUGGAGACUAUGAGUGCCCCGAUCUUCCAGUGCCAGUCAGGGCACAGUCUGUGCAAUUCUUGUACGCAGAAUUUAAUGCCACCGAUGUGUCCAAUUUGCCGCCAACCGCUCACGCAAAUGCGGAACUGGCAGUUGGAAGAUAUUAUUGCAAAGGCCAAAGUACCUUGCGCUAACAAAGCAGCCGGAUGCGUUUAUACCAUGGUGUCAAGAGACAUGGAGGAGCAUCUCAAAGAAUGUAUCUUCAGGGAGAUGGACUGUCCGUUCGGCGUUGCUUUUGGAAAAUGUUCAUGGAGCGGUAAGUUGAAAGAUAUGAUGGAACAUUUCAAAGAGCGUCAUGCACAAAAUUGCAACGUAACUACUGAUGAAGAAGUAGAAUUGACUAAUGUAGACGCCAAGAUCGAUGAUCGUCAUCUCUAUUUGGUAUCGCAAAGUAAAAUGCUUUUUAUUAUCACCAUGAAAAUUGAUACACUUCAAAAAAUGGCCUACUGGGCUAUACAGCAUAUCGGCAGUAAGAAGGCGGCUCAUGACCAUAUCUACGAAAUACACAUUUUAAGCAAGCAAAACUCUAGGAGAAAAGUUGUGUUUACGGAACAUUGCUUCAAUGAUGCCUUAAAACCGGACGAAGUGUUCCGUACGGGAAAAUGUGCCGUUCUGCCUUUAGAUGUGUUAAUCAACUUCAUUAGUAACAAAAAAUUAUCCUUUAGAUUCUUUAUAAAGAGGAUUCCCGCCGAGCACAAAAACAAUAAAGGUGAUGGCAAUGACAAUAAGCCACAAGGUCCAAAAGGACCUGGGCCCAAGGGACCAAACAAAGACAUGCAAAAAAAUAAGUCAAACGGUCAGAAUGCACCUGGACCCAAGGGCCAGAAAGCUAAUAAACCACAAGCUUAA